GUCAUCAGGAAGCGCGGCGGCGGCGACAGCGGCGAGGCUGUUCGGGCCCAGACAGACGCGCCAUGAGUCAGUUCGGCUUCGGCUCAGGCGGCGGCACCGGCGGCUUCAGCUUCGGGACACCCAAGACGGCGAGCGGCACCCCCAGCAGCAGCGCGGCACCCGCCGGCUUCUCCUUCUCCUCGGCCAUCUCGUCGGGCGCGGGCACCGGCGGCUCCUUCGGCUUCGGCUCCCCCGCCCCGAACGCCGGGACCGCCCAGCCCGCCGCCGGCCUCUUCUCCUUCACGACGCCCGCCGCCUCCGCGCAGCCCUCCGCCUUCAGCUUCGGGAUGCCCCCGGCGUCGUCUGCCGCGGCGGCAGCGGCGGCGACUCCCGCGGGGGGCGUGUUCACGCUGGGGGGCAACGCGCCCAAGCUGACCUUGGGGGCCUCGAGCGCCACGGCGGGCGCCCCCUUGGCCACCGGCUUCGCGCUGGCCAGUGGCGGCGGACUGGCCGGCUCCGGCUCCAGCAGCAGCGUUGCGGGCACCCAGGCGGCGGCCGCGACACCCACAGGGUUCGUGUUCGGCUCAUCGGCCACGACGACGCCACAGCCGGCUCAGGCUGCCCCAACCGCCGCCCCCACGGGAGGCUUCAGCUUUGGCGGAGCGGCCCAGACGGGAGCCCCCAAUUUCAGCCUCGCCUCGCUGGGGAGCGCCCCGCCGCAGACGGCGUCUACCGGCCCGGCCUUCGGGAUCGUUCCCGCCUCCACCAACGCCGCUGUCAGCACAGCCGCCGCAUCGCAGGCAGCCCCGGCUUUCAGCCUCGGGACAGCGUCCACUGGUUCUGGCUUUGGAGCAUUGGCUCCAGCAGCAGCUGUCACUUCCACCACCGCAGCCUUGUCCUUUGGGGCUAAACCUGGAGGUACCAGUGCAACCUCGGUGGCACCUGCCAUUACAAGUUCAUCUUCCCUCCUCGGCCUAUCAGGGCCCACGUUGUUUGCAACUGUACCAGGCUCUUCGGCGCCAGCUGCCUGCACUGCCACCAGCCUUUCAGUGGGUACCACCUCAACAGCACCCAUUGGGACUUUAGGAUUUGGCUCUAAAAUGCCUGGAGUGACUACAGCAGCAGCAGCCGCCCUUCCCACAGCUGGCGCUGCUUCCAUACCUGCUGCAGGAUUCCUCUUGAACCUGAAGCCCCUCGCCACAACAAGCGUGGCUGCUUCCACCUCCACUGCAACCACCACCACUGGCAUGACACCCCCCGUGAUGACUUACGCCCAGCUGGAGAGCCUGAUUAACAAAUGGAGCCUGGAACUAGAGGACCAGGAGAAGCACUUCCUUCAGCAGGCCACCCAGGUCAACGCCUGGGACAGGACGUUGAUUGAAAACGGAGAAAAGAUCACAACCUUACACAGAGAAGUAGAGAAAGUGAAGCUGGAUCAAAAGAGGCUGGACCAGGAGCUGGACUUCAUUUUGUCUCAGCAAAAGGAGCUGGAGGACUUGUUGAUCCCAUUGGAGGAAUCUGUGAAGGAGCAGAGUGGAACAAUCUACUUGCAACACGCGGACGAGGAACGGGAAAAGACAUACAAGCUGGCGGAGAACAUCGAUGCCCAGUUGAAGCGCAUGGCCCAAGAUCUGAAAGAUAUCAUUGAGCACCUGAACACCUCCGGGGGCCCUGCUGACAACAGUGACCCCCUUCAGCAGAUCUGCAAAAUUCUGAACGCACACAUGGAUUCUCUGCAGUGGAUUGAUCAGAACUCAGCCCUGCUGCAGAGGAAAGUGGAAGAGAUGUCCAAGGUCUGCGAGGGCCGCCGGAAGGAGCAGGAGCGCAGCUUCCGCAUCACCUUCGAUUGAGAUCCCCCUCCCCACUCGCCCCCCCCCCCCGCUUCUUUUUAUAACCCCUCAAUAAAAGAGUUGCUUUCCAAACGCCUCUCUCUCUCUCUUGCUGAGCCUUCGCCGGCCCACCGCCAGGGGGCCUCGUAGGACGUAGGAUUGGGGGCGGGCUCCGGGGGACGCGGCGCCGGCCAAUGGGGGCGCUCCCGGAAGCCCGCGCGGCACCCCGGAAGACUCGUGCCGCGAUGAGGAGGUGCGGCGGGGAUGCAGCGGCGGCGGCGGCGGCGGAGGAGCUGGAGACGGAGGGCGAGAGGCAGCUGAAGCGGCUGCUGCGCCACCAGCUGG